UAGUUCCGGUUUGUGUAGCCCAGCUCUGAUACAAGCAACGCGACAAACGUGCUACGCUACUCAUACUAGUUUUGUGUAUAUUUGUAAACACGGGUAUUCUGGAAGUUUUCAUGAAGCAAUUUAAAUAAUUCCCAUAGCUGAGUAUCAGAGGAAUUUACGAAUGCGCGCCAUUUCAAUUCCUGGUUCACCUCAGUAAGCUAACCUAGCUGAUAGCUAAUUAGCUAACAGACACUCACAUGUAAUCAGUGGUGUCGGUAGCUCUACUCUAACCACAUUCGAAUAUAGAAAUCAUUGUCACAGCUUUAAAUAUUUUGGUUAUGUUUAGAGUUAGGUUUCCUUUAUUGAUAAGUAAGCUGCGAGUGUUAUAUUUGGUGAAAUCAGACCCUUUUACCACGCCGAUGUCUACGACUAGCAGAGUCACAGAUGUCUCAAAAUCCGAGGAACAUCUUAACAAAAGUUCCGAAAAUUUAGACCGCCUCAGUAAAGCUGAAUUGCCUCUUCAAGAUCUGAAAUUGGCAUCACAUGUAGCGCUCGAAAGAGCACAAACGCACGGCAGGGUAAAGUGUUCUAAAUGUGGUGGUUCAAGGAUGUUCUUUUGCUACACAUGUUACUCUUUAGUCGGUGUGAACCAGCAGGAAAUCCCCUUGAUCAAGCUCCCAGUCAAAAUUGACAUAAUCAAACACCCCAAUGAAAAUGACGGGAAGAGCACUGCGGUACAUGCCAAACUCAUUGCUCCAGAUGAUGUGAACAUCUACACCUACCCUUGCAUACCUGAGCUGGAUGAUGAUAUACAUAAGACAAUUUUGGUUUUCCCUGGACCUGAUUCAGUGACUGUUGAAGAAAUGUUGCAGCAUCUCAAUGAGAUGAGAACAAACUUAACUGAUGAACCAAAGUUGAAGAGACAGAAGGUCACGGAGGAGGUGGAAGAGGCCCACAAAGUAAAGCUGCAGUCCUCUCCUUUAGAGAGAGUCGUCUUCAUCGACAGCACAUGGAACCAGACAACCAGAAUCAUCACAGAUGAACGACUCCAAGCCCUGCUACGGGUUGAGUUGAAGACGAGGAACACCUGCUUCUGGCGUCAUCAGCGAGGUUCCCCAGAUACAUAUCUUGCUACCAUAGAGGCGAUUUAUUACUUCCUGAAAGAUUAUCACACUCUGUGCCUCCUGAAGGAAUACAACGGGGAAUAUGACAACCUGCUCUUUUUUUUCUCCUACCUUCAUAAACUUAUAAACAAAGCAAAAAAAGAGUCUGCUGGAAAGUUCUAAUGGGCAUGGAGUAACUGUCAUCUGGCACUGGACGUUGUCAUCAUGAUCUCAAGAGACGCCGGCGCACAGCUGACAGAAGCUACAAAGGGACAGCCGAGUGUAUUUAAAUUUUCAUUACAUCAAAAAACAGACUGUUCAUCAAUAUACUGAGGUCAUUUCCUGUGCAUACUCAAUAAACACAAAAUCAACGAGUGCAUCUUUUGACAGAAGUCAUAGUGAAAUACUUUUAUUUACAAAUCAGAAAGUGCAUGCAGUUCAAUAAAACUUUCAUUGCUUUUA